AUGGACACAAAGGCCAAUGAGUUUUCAGAUGAAACCACAUGUAAGAAAAGGCAGUGCUUGGGAGCUAUAUUAGUGAUGUUGAACUGUUAUCUCCUUCAUCAAGUUGUGGAUGCAACGGUGGACAGCACGCAAGCAGGAGAGCCUUCUGAUUGCUUUGAGGAACAGGCGGAAUCAUCAUUAAAAAAAGUGACAACAUUCAGGGUUGGUGGUCAAUUGCAGGAUGUGAAUAUCCAUGUCGGAUUUGUGAAAGAUGAUACUGAAAUGAAUUGUGGAAACCCAGUAAUUAAAGCUGGAUCAUGUUCAGAUAAAAAGGUCGAGGUUGGGAAUUCUAGCGAGUUGGUUGAGGAACCCCAUAAAUGGAAGCAUCCUUCGCAAUCCCAGCUUGCUGGCUAUAAUGAUAAAUCAAUUACAUUGGAGUAUGAAAUGAGAGUUUGUGAUAUCUGUGGAGAUGCAGGACGUGAGGAGUUGCUUGCUAUUUGUAGCAAAUGCAGUGAUGGGGCAGAGCACAUGUAA